AUGGGCAACACAAGUAAGAAAUUGGCGGCCAGAUGCACGCUCCUCACAAAGGAAGAGCAGAAGUAUGUGGCGGCUACGUUCAGAGCCGCUAGCAAAAACUCCGAGAGGAUACGGGAGGAUGAUCUCAUCAAAUUCUGGGGUCCUCAAAUAGAUCCACGACUCGCGCAGUACCUCACCAACUUUCUAUUCGGUUUUGGACAGCAGAAGGUGCUGUCAGUCGACUUUAACAGAUUCGCAGAGCUCUACGUUUAUAAUGUUAGAGGCACCGUGGAUGAAAGAAUGGUGGUGACAUACAACUGUCUCGGAAUGAACUACAACGAGGAAGUGGAGCUUCCUUACCAGCUGUUGAAAGAGUACUGCGAAAGUAUAGCGUCCACCUACAUGAAGAUUGUCAAGUCUUCCUCGGCGAAAAAAGUGCGCACGUGGAUAGAAAAAGGCUUUAGGGUUAGCGCGUCCCAUGUCCAAGCCCUGGGGGAAGCAGUGGCGGCGACAGUUGGCGGAGAUCUGGAAUCGCCGCAGCAUCACUGUACUGCCGCCCAGCUGUCUAAGUGGCUACAAUCCAAUACAUUACUGAGGCAACUAGCGGAAUUGGUGUACGUGAAUCUUUACGGCAUCAACAAAAAGGGCGGCGAUGAGAGUCCUACCCCUCUCCCCCCUGUCGCGCCUGCGUUGCUACCUAUACCUGAUGGUUUAGACGUGAUGCCGGACUAUCCGGCCUUCAUCGACCUGUCCCACAUCGUAUGGAUCAACAGUCACCUGCCGCAGAAGUACCAGCACAAGUGGCGUUUUCUUUUCUCCUCGCACAUCCACGGUGAAUCUUUCUCGACUAUGGCCGGUCGAAUCAUUGACCAGGGUCCCUCGAUCCUCAUAAUCGAAGACACCCACGGCUAUAUUUUCGGUGGAUUCGCGGCCGUCGCGUGGUCGAUGGGGCCCAACUUCACCGGCACCGACGAGUCGUUCCUGUUCGCUGCCGCACCCAAAAUGCGCAUGUACCCCGCCACCAAUUACAAUGACCACUAUCAGUAUAUUAACCAUCAUACGAAAACAUUGCCUAAUGGAUUGCUGAUGGGCGGGCAGUUCCACUUCGGCGGGAUCUGGGUAAACGCGGACCCGUUCGGCGAGGGCUCCUCUGCGGAGUCGUGCAGCACGUACCGGGGCUACCGCCGUCUCAGCAAGGAGCCCACCUUCCGCAUCCGCAGCCUCGAGGUCUGGGGCGUCGGGGACAAGCCACUCACCGAGAAGGAAAAGGAGGAUCGGGAGGUGAGCGUGCUGGACACGAACACGGAGGCGAAGGCCAUCCUGGAACUUGCGGGACGCACGCGACACAGCGAGGGCAUCCGUGAACCGCCGCCCUUAUAA